UGUAGGGAACACCCUGGCUGUGGCUGUGGAUCUCUCUGCGUUCAGACGGUGCCGAGGCGCACCGACAACACUCACGUCUACGGUCUGUACCGUCUGAUCCCGGGACUGACUCUCUCCACAGCCUGCCGGUCGGUCGGUGCUCCACCACCGGUUCACCGCCGCAGCCAGCAGGUUUCCUGAGAGCGGUCGCCUCCUGUCAGCUUCCCUCAGAAACAGAACAUCAGAGGAAACACUGGAGGGAAGAAGUUCAGACUAUGCCAGCGCUGAAACAGCAACAACCUUAUCGUUAGCAGAACAUUACAGAAAGAGGAGAUUUUUGCAGCAUCAUGUAGUUCUGUCUGACUUCCUCCCUGCAACAUCUUUGCUUGGCUGAUUUCAUCAGCCGAGUGUUGACUAAGGGACCAAUGGAGCAGGACGGGGAGGAUCUGAACCUCUCCUUUCUGCUGGAACAUGAAAGAGACAUGAUCCUGAAGGUGCUGCAGAAAGACGAGAAAUUGAGGAAACGAGAGGAGAAGAGGAUACGGAAGCUGAAGAAUGAGCUCCUGGAGAUCAAACGAAAAGGUACCCGUCGACCCCAGGAGCUGGGGGAGCGACAGUGCGCUCGCUGCCUGAAGAGUUUGGGUCUCAUCUUCGACCGCGGAGAUCUCUGUGAGGAGUGUCGGCUGCGCGUCUGCAGCGACUGCCGUGUUACAUCUCCCAAGGAACGCCAGUGGAGGUGUAACGUUUGUGCCAAGAUCUCGGAGCUGAAGGUGGUGACAGGAGAGUGGUUCCUGGAGGAGCGGUCCAAGCGAUUUGAGCAGGGAGUGCCGAGCGGCGACGUGAUCAAACAGACAAUCAUGAGUAGUCCGAUCAUCACAGAGAAAAAGUCGACAGAAAACCUGUCAGCCCCUUUGGAGUCAGAGAAAGCCGACACCCCGAGAUCCAAGAGAAGUGCAAUACUCAACAUCGGUGCCAGGAGGAAAGCAAGGAUGAAGAUGGAUAAAAAAGGCAGCCGACUGACCUUGAAGCCGGAGAACGGAGUCGACAACGUCAGUGACAGAUCUCCAUCUUCAGAUGGCGAUGCUCAAAGCGUACGGAGUGUUCGCUCUGCUCCGAGUCCGCGUUCAAACAGGGGCGGUGCGGUGGCCUUGGAGUCCUCAGGGAUGCCCACGGUACCCAACAACCUGCGUUCCCAAAUUACAACUCCGGACAGAUCCUCCACUCCCAGCGACAACCGGAGGGUCAGGCCUGACGGAGCGGAGAGCGUCGCCAGUGUACACUCCAGUGACAGUGCGGCUGAGAAAAAAGCCCCCGGCCAUCACAGGACAGAUUCGGGCGCCCCGACCAUUUCUGUGUCCAGGGCCUCGGUUUCAUCAGAUCACAGUCGCUCAGACAUGGACCUGUCAGCUCCUGGUUCUGAACCCAGCGACGACGCCUUCAGUCUCAGGAGCCGUUCGGUCCCCGGGCUCAACGAAGCAGAGUUUUCUGAUGAGGAUGCGGAGGAAGACAUCGACGCCCUGAUGUCGCUUCACAGCAAGACUGCCAGCCGACGCCUCAGCAACGCACAGUCAACGGCUUCCACUCCUUGCUCAGAGAGAAGGUGGGGAUACCUCAAUAUCCCCGACUCGGAUGCUGAGACUAGUAGCAUAAACAGCAUGAUGAGCAUGUACAGUGAGACCGGUGACUAUGGCAACGCCCGGGUGAGCGGCGAGAUCCUGCUGAACAUCAGCUACAGCUACAAAACCGGUGCUCUCAACGUCCUGGUGAAGGAGUGUCACAACCUGGCGACAGGAGAUGAGAGGAGGCAACGCACGGACACUUAUGUGAAGACGUACCUGCUGCCAGAUACGUCACGACAGAGCAAGAGGAAGACGAGCAUCAAGGCCAACACCAUCAACCCUGUUUUCAAUGAGAAUCUGAGGUACGUGAUCAGCCACUCUCAGCUGGAGACUCGAACCCUGCAGGUGUCCGUGUGGCACCACGACCGGUUUGGACACAACAGCUUCCUGGGAGAGGUGGAGCUGACCUUUGACUCCUGGGAGUUUGAUUCCCAAAUAGAAGACUGGUACGCUCUGCUGCCAAAGGCGGAGAGCAAUAUAGACUCCACCAUGCAGUAUAAAGGAGAACUGACUGUCGUGUUGAAGUACAUACCUGCAGAGAAGAACCUCACGCUGCCGCUGGACCAAGUACAAGUGAAGAAAAGCUUCCUGAAGACCAAGAAGACGAGCAACUUCACUCUGCCUAAAGGGGGCAUGGUUGAGCUGCUGGUCAAAGGAGCCAAAAAUCUAACUGCCGUCAAGUCUGGAGGCACUUCAGAUCCUUUUGUGAAAGGAUACCUCCUCCCUGACACCAACAAGUCAACCAAGCACAAGACGGUGGUGGAGCGACGCACUGUGAACCCGCAGUGGAACCACACCUUCACCUAUUGCGGCCUGCAGCCAGGAGACCUCAACAACGUCUGCCUGGAGCUCACCGUGUGGGACAAAGAAGCCCUGGCCAGCAAUGUCUUCCUGGGAGGGGUCAGGCUCGGAGCGGGCACAGGCAAAAGCUACGGGAACGAGGUAGACUGGAUGGAUUCAUACGGGGAGGAACAGCGGCUGUGGCAGCGCAUGAUAGAAAACCCUGAAGUCCCUCACGAGUGUACUCUGAUGCUGCGAUCCAGCAUGCGCAGGUGCAACACAUGAGCCGGGAUGGAAGCACAGACAAGAGAGGAUAAAAAAGAAUAAAAGGGAGGGAGGAAGGGGUGAUGUGACGGCGGGAGGAGAGAGCUGGAGAAGUGGAACGGUCAAGAAAAAAACAAAAUGGUUCAAGACUCAAACGCUCAUAAGGGAACAGAGAUCGUCCCUCUCCCUACUUCUUUCCUCCUGAGAUGCCCCGUUCAGCCAGUCAUGCCUUACACACUCAUCCUCCGAAGCAUCUAGUCCUGACCAUGCACUGCUGUUUGCUGCUGUAUAUGAAAAAAACAUGUGUCGUAUGUAACUUGCUGUACCUAGCCGGAUAAGCACACGGUGUGACUCCUGAUGUGUCCGUCCUCGUCUCUGUGAUUCAUGAACCAGUGUCAUAUCUGCAUGUAGUUACAGCUGACGGAGACCAUUCGUAAGGCAUUAGACGAGGCACUGAUCAACAAUGUAGAGACUUAGACAUUCCCUUUAUAAGCAACCGAGCUGCAUCCCGGUCCGAAGCACAUGACGAUACUGAGAUUCAUCUCCUUAUAAACAGUUGUAUACAGAGGUGGAAAGUGACUAGUUCUUGUACUAUUGUCUUAUUCGAGUAGUAGACUUUAUUAUCACUGAGGAAACAAAGUGGCCAUCUUUUAUUUAUUAGCUUUCGUUUUUAUCGCUUUAUGAGGGAGAACAUGAUCAUAGCAAAUGGAAUAUCCUCCUGCAGGCUGUUAUUAUACUUGAGGUGAAAGUAUAAAUACUGAUUUUAGAAUAUACUCAAAAAAAACUAGGAGUGCAACUUACUUUAUCAGUAACUUUAUCACUCAGUCAUUUAUAAAAAUGCCAGAAUAUUUUU